AUGCAGCAGGACACGAAAAAUAAUGCGAGAAUCUUUGAUUUAUACGAAAGCCCAAAACUGGAUGCAUUACAAAGUAGUGGCCAUAACGGACGACAACCCCAACAACAGUCACGACUGGUUGUGGUCUCCGGUCGUACGCAUAGUAUUGUCGCCAAUGUAUUGGACAAAGGGUUCGGCGACCGGAAAGCCAACCACCAGUUGAAGACACUUCUGGACAAUGCCUUUACAGGAAGGGAUGAAUCGAAUAGAGUGGACGACGAUUUGUGGCGCGGAUUCGCUGUCUUCACGACAACUACAGACGGCAACCGAUUUCAACAGAUCUCGAGACACAUUGCGAGACAAUCGGCACAAAACAAACCCAGCAUUUGGUUUAUGUUUACCGGUUUGCGACCAAUCGUUUCACAUUCGGUGCCAGCAUUGAUGACAAUCCCGGCAUUUAAAGCAUCGGUGGAAACGUCGGCCCAAAUGCUGUCCCCUCUGGGCGUCGACGGCAGCGAGUGUUUGACCGAAACGAUCGAUUGGAAGACCGAAUUCAACGAACGCAACAUUCACCGCGUGUUUAUCGCAACGGCUGUCCAUCACAUGGCGUUCGUCGACGCCAUGAGCGCCGUUGGGAUCACUGCCGACGGCUAUUUAGGUUCAUCUCUGGGCGAACUCAUGUGCUUAUAUAUGGACGGUCUGUGCGAUCGGCGCCAUUGUCUGGCCAUUUGUCGCGCUAUUAAACCUCCGACGGGUCCGCACAGGUUAUGGUCUAUUAUCGCUAGAAACUCGUGGCCCGAGAUUCAACGGCAUUGCAUGGAUAGGACCGACAUAUGUGUGUUCGCACACUUUGCCGAUACAUAUAUUAUGGCAGUUGGGAGGGAAGCGGCCGUACGUGAGUUGAGCGAUGUGUUGACUCGUUUGGGCACUAAAGUCGCAAAUUUUGGUUCGAAACCUAUUAGCCAGUUUGUGCACGCGGGUAAUAUGUUUGUGCCUAAUAUGAGCAAAGCGCUACUAGACCAAUUGAUCAAGGUGGAACCCGAGCGAACAAUGAACUCUAAGCCUAGCGAACGUUGGCUUUCAACAUCAAAGUCAAUUACCAACACUGGCGGCACUGACGCCGGUUUUUCUGUAGCCGAGAGUUUUGCCAACACUUUGUUGUCUCCGAUAUUGCUUAAGGAAGCGGUCGAUCGCUUGCCCGCCGACGCACUCGUUGUUAAUAUCGCCAUAAAUUCCGAUUUGAGAGACAUUGCGCUCAGCGGUAGAGUACAGGAGCCGUACGUUAGGCAAUCGGAGUCGAAUCUGGAGCCGGUGUUUGGUAUCAAUCAUUUGUUACGUGAGAUCGGACUCGUGUUUACGGCCGGACACUGGCCUCGGGACAACACUUUUAUUCCCGCGGGUCCAGGACCCGGACCCGACGGGUUCGGGUCCGAUGGGACCACCCGUCAUUUGGACCCGUCGGGUCCGGGUCCUGGACCCGUCGACGGGUCUACUAGCGCGGAGUUCAAAAAUAACGCAUUUUUGUAA